AUGUCUAAGAUACGCGGCUCGUUCGUCGUGAUCAUUGGUUUGGGCGGCGUCGGAUCCUGGGCCACGACGAUGCUGGUACGCUCUGGAGUGUCUAAAGUUAGGCUGGUAGACUUUGAUCAAGUCACUUUAUCCUCUCUCAACAGACACGCAACAGCUCAAUUAAAAGACGUUGGGAAAUCUAAAGUGGAUGGUGUGAAACAAUACCUCAGCUCAGUGGCACCUUGGUGCCAAAUAGAAGCCCAAAAUGAGCUCUGGAAUGAAGGCGUAGAUGGGGAUAGACUGCUGUCAGGUAGUCCUGAUUAUGUUAUCGACGCAAUCGAUCACAUACCGACCAAAGUCGCUUUAUUGAAGAGGUGUAAGCAACUCAACCUCAAUGUUCUGUCUUGUGCAGGCGCGGGUGCUAAACAAGAUCCCUCACGUGUCCAGAUUGCUGACAUGUCCAACACAUUCGAAGACCCUCUCGCAAGAACGAUCAGACGCAAGUUGAGAUCUGAUGGCGUUGGUAUACCUGUUGUCUAUUCAACUGAGAAGCCAGGUGAUGUCAAACUUCUUCCACUCCCUGAGGAAGAAUUUGCCAAAGGCAAGGUGCAGGAGUUGUCUGCCUUUGAUGAUUUUAGAGUGAGACUUCUUCCUGUGUUGGGCCCCCUUCCUGCAAUGUUCGGUUUGGCUGCGUCGACUCAUAUCCUAUUAUCGUUGGCAGGUAAAGAGGACUACGCGCCAUUGCCUGUGAAGAACAGACCGAAGCUAUACGAGAAGGUUUUUAGAGACUUCCACAAGAAGGAAGGAAAGCCUACUGUGUACGGCUCAAAUGAACCAAUAUGCAUCGACGUAAAUCAAGUUGGCUACAUCCUGGACGAGAUCUACAAUGCCAAGAGCGCUCUUCCACCACACAACACCCUGUCUAGACCAGCUUUAGUUAGAUGGGACACGUCCAAGCCACUCUCUAUCACCAACUUGGCUGCUAUGGAAUACAAAGAUGCUCAGCAUCAUUACGGAUCACUAUUGAGUCAAUGCGAAGGGUCUGGUCUACUAGUUUGGGGUCAGGAAGCGCAAGAUUACUUCACUAGAAAGUCGAAGGAAGUUGAAAAGGAUCUCAAAGCAUUAGAGUAG